AUGCUCUCUGUUUUUAGGAGCGGCUCGUUUGGCUCAAUAAUUUUACUUAUUUUAUAUUUUCCAACAGCUGCUAGUAACUAUUUCUUUAUAUAUGCUCCAGCUGUCGUUGAUGGGAUUCCAAAGAAUGCCAGAGGUCCUCUAAUACCUGACAAAGGUUAUCUUGUUCAACACAUCCGUGGUGGUGUAUACUGGGUAGUAGGCCAAGCAUUUCAAACAAUGUUCCUGGUAUCAACUGAAGGUGUGAUAGUAGUUGAUGCUCCUCCUGCAAUUGGCAAAGACUACCUCAAAGCCAUAUUGGAAGUAACCGACAAGCCGGUUACACAUGUACUAUACAGUCAUGAGCAUUUGGAUCAUAUUGGUAGCAGUGGAAUGUUUCCAAAGGGUGCCGUUUAUAUUGCAAGAAAACGUGUUGCCGAUAUUCUAUCCACUGCUAAAGCUUCAGCAACAGUUGGUUCAUCACUACCACCCAUACCAACCAAAACGUUCAAGAAGAAACUAUCACUGACAGUUGGAAACCAAACCUUCGAAAUGGCCUACCACGGACUGAAUCACUCGCCUGGAAACACCUUUAUAUACCUGCCAAAACAAAAGGUGCUCAUGUUUGUUGAUGUUGUAUAUCCUGGAUGGUUUCCAUUCGACGAAUUAGGUUAUGCAGAAGAUGUUUAUGGUUUUAUCAAAGUUCAUGAUACUAUCCUAAAGUACAACUUCCAGACAUUUGUCGGCGGUCAUGUUACAAGAUUAGGUACAAGAAAAGAUGUUCUAGUUCAAAAACAAUACAUGUCUGACCUACUAAGUGCAGCUAAUGAAGCACUCAUUACACCAGAGGUAGUACACGCCAAUAAUGAUCCGUGGAAGGACAAAAAUGAAUAUAUCAAAAAUGUCACACAAGCUUGCGUAAACAUCAUGGUUAAAAAGAAGUGGACAGAAAAGCUUGGUGGUAGUUCGAUAUUGCCAUCAAAUUGCCAUAAGAUGACUACGACCGCAAGAAUUGAUCCGUUGCUCUCAGCUAGGUUACCCUCAUAA